AUCAAGGACUGUUGACAAUGAACAAGUUCCAUUUUCUAAAUUUAGACCUAUGGCAACGAUGACUAAAAAAAUGACAAUUGACAAUUGUUAAAAGUCGCUGACACUUGACAAAAUCUGUCCUAUAAAUAAUUUAUAGGUAUUAAAAAAACAAAUUUCAAAAUGCUGCAAAUGCGACUCAAGAAUUCUCUAAAACCAUGGCUGUUUAAAGUAACAUCAGCUGGUAGUUUAGGCAAAUGUGAACAUUCACAAAAAUCAUCUUCAGAGACUGAAGUUGAACCAGGGAAAACAGAAUCUAAAAGAAUGGCUGAAUUUAAAAAGAAAUUGAGAGAAACAACCCCAAUAAAUGAUUUAGGUGAACAAGCAGACAUUCGGCCACCUAAGGAAGACCCACUGCCACAGUGGCCUAAUGACACAAAUCCCCAUACUGGAGAAGUAGGUGGUCCACGAGGACCCGAGCCUACAAGAUAUGGAGACUGGGAAAGAAAAGGAAGAGUAACAGACUUUUGAAAACCUAGUGGAAUACAUGUUUUAAUGCAUAAUCAGAUUUUUAGGCAAUACAAUUUUGUAAUUGAUGCUAAUUCUGUUGUAUACAAAUAUCACUUAAUUGGCGAUUAAGUGAUAUUUAAAGUAGUGCUGUCCUUGUUGACAGGCAAAAGCGUAGCAUUAUAUUUAGGGCUGUCUAUUUAGUUAGGAAUUUGAACCAUUGGCGAAUUUUCUGCUGUGUAUGAGGUGUAUGAG